UUCCGCAAACACCGGCCGACUGAGAUGUGGUUGUUGUUCCGGUCACGUUCUUUAACGGGUUUCCAACGAUUUUCAUCAUUAUUAUAUCCUGGAAACUAUAAAAUGUCAUCUUCUGCUGACACAGAGAGACGCACUGGUGAUAAUUCACAGAGUAACAAUGAAGACGACAAAGUCAGAAAAGAUGAGAGCGAUGAGUUCGAAUAUGCAGACAGCAGUUUGAGGGAGCGUGUUUUAAAGCAGGUCGGAUUCACCAGCACCGCCUUCAUUGGACCGGCAGGUCCUCCACAUACAGAGAAGACGGACAUCGAAGACAAACUGAGUGUUUACAAAGAACUUGAGCACAUCGACUCACUUCACGGUGCUGAUGGUAACCAAGAGAAAAAAGAUGCAGCCUUACCUCAGACAUCCAUAUCACCCAAAACAUUAGAUACGCCGAAAGCCAGCUCAGGACAAACUCAUCACAUCAGCAUAUCCUCAGAUGGGAACACUGAGCAGGGAAGCAGGCAUCAGAAACUCCCAUCCUGGCCGCACUGGUAUCAAAAUGAGCCAUACAGGAAACAGAGGACCAGCAGCACGGACAUGAUCUCUGGCAUGAACAUGCCAACAAAUCCAAGCUUCCACAGACACCUGUUCCAUCGAUAUCCAUCUCCAUCUACUAUAUUCAACCCGCAAGUCCAGCUUCCAAACAAGAGUCAUCCCUGGUCCCGCUCAGGUGUGACAAACAUUUAUCAGCUGCCAUCUUAUUUUCCACCAGCUUCUCAGUUUCCACCACCAAAUGGCUGCCGCCACCCUUCUCAGGGCUUUUAUGGUGAUCCUCCAUGGCAACCUAACAGGAAUGAUUGGGCGUGUGGCUCUGACAUGCAGUUAAAUCAUUCUCAUGUCAGUGGAUCUGCAAAUGCAAAACAGGAAUGGUCUAAAUUUGAUGAGGACUGUGAUGGACGCCAGAGACUUGAUCAUAAAUAUGAGCUGUGUCAGCAACAGGAUCGUAACAAGCCUCCUGACAACGUACAUGGAUGCCAUUCUUCUUUGGUGCUGAUAUUGAUGAGAGGGCUGCCAGGUUCUGGGAAAUCAACACGGGCUAAGGAGUUGCUUUCCACUGGACCAAGUGGCUUAAUCCUGAGUGCAGAUAACUAUUUUGCCGAGAAAAAUGGCUACCUCUAUGACCCAUGCCUGAUUGGAGCCGCACACGAAUGGAACCAGACCAAAGCUGUAGAAGCGAUGAAUGAGGGCCGUUCUCCCGUUAUUAUAGACAAUACAAACAUUCAAGCUUGGGAAAUGAAGCCAUAUGUUAAAAUGGCCUUGGAGAGAGGAUACGGCAUCUUCUUCUGUGAACCUGACACCCGCUGGAAAUUUGAUCCUCUUGAACUGGAGAAGAGGAACAAGCAUGGUGUACCUCAGGAGAAGAUCGCACAGAUGAUGAGUCGGUUUUCCUCUCCCAUAUCCAUAGACAUCGUGUUGAGUUCACAAGAGCCACCUCAUGUCAGCCUGAGGCGGAAACCAGAAUAACCACACAUGAUGAGCAGAUA